AUGUACAAGGCGCACUAUCUGAGUGUUUAUAAGGUUCAAUGGAAUGACUACCAUCCAGAUAUUUUUAUAUCUUGUAGUGCUGAUUGGACUAUCAAAAUUUGGGACGUCUCCGUCAAAACUCUUGAACCGAUGUUUUUGUUCGACCUUGGCUGUUCCGUGGAAGAUGUAGCUUGGGCUCCAUAUUCGUCUACCAUAUUUGCCGCUGUCACAUCAUCUGGACACGAUAAAAAGGCGUUUGAAGCUGAAACGCAAAUGAUGUCUCCAGAAGAGAAAGAAAAGGUCAGAAGAGAGACUGAGUACAAAUAUCUUGAAAAUAUUAUUUCAAUGGCCAGACUUGGAGCCAAAGUUACUGAUUGA